AUGGGUGGUGGAAAUUCCAUUGCUUAUCCUCUGAGAAAAGAGGCGCCAUUAAACGGAAUUUUCGCCGCAAUAAGAAAGGCAAAUGGUGGAAAGAUUGGUAAUGAAAUCAAAGUUAAAGUUUCUUCAAAAUCGGUUAGAUGUUUUGUUGAUCCAAUCGAUGUUGUUGGUCCUGCAAGUGAUAGCGAGUGGACAUCAGAAAAUGAAGACAGUUCUUGGAUUGAAAUUACAUUUGCUACUAAGAAAGUCGAAUUAUUUGGAUAUACACUUAAAACUUUUCAAGGUGGAAAAGGAAGUACACAUGCCAGAUCUUGGAAAGUUGAAGUUUCUAAUAAUGGUCUUGAUUAUCGUGAAGCAGAUCAAGUUAAAAAUACUGAUGAAUUAAAUAAUCCAAAUAAAACAUUUUCAAAGACUGUACAACCUACAGGGUUAUAUAGUAUCAUUAGAUUUACAAUGACAGGCAAAAACUCAUUUGGUUCUAAUUGUUUCACUCUCGCAAACAUUGAAUUGUUCGGAAACUUAAAAUAA